CCGUUUUUGUCACGAACUAAAAUCCUAGCACCAAGAAGUAAAACCCUUUCUACAAAUUCCGCAGAAGCAAAAAUCGGAGGAUCAAAAUUGCCCAUCAAGAACGAAGAAUUGGCCUCAGCAAUGGCUGAUUCAUCAGUGAAAUCUGAUAAGAAGAAGAAGAAGAAGAGGAAGCUAACCAGCCCCCAAGAUAAACCAACGCCUCCAAAGAAGAAGCACAGAGGUGAUGAACCAGAGAAAGAGAGAGAAGUCGCUGUAGGUGGAAGCUCAAAUCAGAAAGAAUCUUAUUCUAUGAUUGAAGCAGAGCUUCCAUGGAGGAAUCUUCAACUUAUUCUAUCACUUCAGAGCAAAGAUAUUGACCUUCAAAAGAAGGUGGAACUAGCCUUCAGUUAUGUGAAUUUGAGGGAAAAAGGAGCCAAUGAAGCUGAAGAAGAUUAUGAAACAGUGAAAGUAUCCCGCCUUGUAGUUUUUCUUAACGAUUGGGUUCAGUCACUGUUGAUUUCUAUGGAUAAGAAAAUCAGAGUUGAGUCUGGAGAUGUUGAGGCAUGCUUAGAUUAUAGAUGCUGGCUGAUAUUCAAGUUCUGUUUGGAAGAAUCUUUGAGGUUGCAAGUUUCAUUGAGUCUCUCGCGGAAUCUUUUGCGAGCUUUCUGUUGUAUUGCGAGAAAUGCUUUGUUAUUACUUGCAGAGAUGUCUUUGCAUUCUAAAGAUUUGGUUUUUAUUGGUAAAGGAUUUGAAUUGUAUAAUGUUGUCUUGGAUUGUGUUUCUCUGGUAUUCUUAUCUCAUGGUGGCUUGUCGAAUGAAAAUUUGGACUUAUGGAUAUCUACAGUCUGUGCUGUUCUUGAGCUUGUGCACAAAAUUUAUGAUGAGAACCUUGAUGUUAGAAAUGCGGGUGAUUUUGCCCUUAGGUUCUCCUGCUUGCUGCUUGAGCCAUUUGCCAAGUUUCUAAGAGUUCACCCAACUCGGAAAACUGGAUUUCGUGAUUUUGUAGAUGAACUUCUUGGGCCUCUAUUGCAUUCCUUGGGUGUCCUGCAUCUUCAUUUUGAUGGAAGCAAUCCUGGCUUGACGAGAAAUUUGUUGACUACAGUUGAAGAGGUUUUAUCACAGGGACUGUUUCACUCAAUCCAUAUAGAUGGAUUUCUUAGCUUAAGAAGUACAGAAAAAUAUUCUGCAUCUAGUGAUGGAAAAAUGAAAGAAUCAAAAACAGUCAUUAAAAGUUACCAUAGACAUUUGUUUGAUAAGCUGGAAAGGAUUAUGGCUUCAAAGAAGGAUUCUGAACUGAGUGGCUUAGGAGAACUAUUUCAAUUGCUUGUUGAUCGGGUGAAAAAUCAAAAAGUUGCUUCAAUUUUGUCUGAAGAUAAGAUGGCAGAGAAAACUGAAGGGUUCAGGCAUUUGUCUGGUCAUAGUUCAACAAUUUUACACCAAAGUAGCAGUGCUACGCCAGAAAAUAGUUAUGGCUCUAGUAAGUUGACUGCGGAAAAAAGAAAAUUACUUUUUGAUUUUUUUGUACAGAUUAUGGAGCCUCUUUUUCUUCAGAUGAAUGGCUACCUUCAAACUAAUCUAGAAGUCGGCCCUCUGUUACCUGAUGUUCACUGUAUACUCAAAUCAACAAAUCAUUUACUAGCCACCCUUUUUCAGGAACAAAUAUACAUAAAAACAGAGGAUAUCUCUGAAGGAGCUUGCUUUAAUUUCUUGAAGAAGGUUUAUAAUACUAUUUUCUCAUUUUCCACCAAAUUACUUUCUUUGCCAACAUAUGAUAUGGACAACCAGAAGCAAGAGAGAUUGACUUUAUUAGCAAAACAGCUCUUUGUUGCUGUACAAUACUUUUUGGAUAUUGAGUGUGAAGUUAUUGAGAAUGAUUUGACUAGCUUAUGGUUUAUGGUGCUUUCUUAUUUGGCCCUUGGUUAUUCCUUUAAGAAUGUGCCAUAUCAAUGGUCAUUAAAUGCCCAAAUACUAGGGUGUGGAUGCCAGUUGGUUAAGCUUUAUGGUGAACUUCGGCAGGUGGAGAAUACCAUAUUUGCACUCUGUAAAGCAAUGAGGCUUAUAAUAGUACAAGAGAAUAGUAGUGGUGGUGAACAGAAUUAUGGUUGUUUUGGGUCCUGUGCAACCUUUUUACCUUAUGAAGCAUAUGCAAAAUCAUUGGGAAUGCUGUUAUGUGCACAAGAAUUUAAAGUAGCCAUUCAAAAUGGUAUUAAGUCCAUACCAGAAGGGCAGGCAAGUGAAUGUAUUCGGCAAUUAAUCAUAGAUAUAUCAGAGUCCAUGGAAUGGAUGAAAAGUUGUUUUUCAGUGGCUGAUAAAAAGGAGCUGCAGCAUUCAAAUACAGGAAGUAGGAUGCUCCUUUUUGAUCUGCAAGCUGAACUUUGUGGAAGAGGAUUGUCUGAAAUGUAUGCAUUAGUGUUAGAUUCAUUGACUGUUACAGUUGGGAACAGUAACCUUGUUGGACGAUCUGUAAAGGACUUGAUUACUGAAAUUCGUCCAAGCAUGAGUAUUCUGGCUGGAUUGCAGCCAGAUCGUAUCCCUGAGUUCCUUUCUUAUAUCACUGGAAAAACUUCUGAUAAGAGACCUGAUGAAAACAAACAUAAUGUGUUGAACUUUGGAGUGUCCACCCACUUAGUCUUUGUGUUCUUUUUUCGCUUGUACAUGUCCUGCCAAAGCUUAUAUAGGCAAGCGAUCACACUCAUGCCUCCAGAUACAUCAAGAAAAAUGUCAUCAGUAAUGCAGGAUUCACUUACAGCGUACUCUGGAAGAGAUUCGAUGGAGAGAACUGAUUGGCCAAAUGAAGGUUAUUUUUCUUGGAUUGUCCGCCCUUCAGCUUCUCUUCUUCUCAUCAUACAAUCUGUCUCUGACCUUUGCCUUCAGGGCAGCAAUUCGGAAUGCUCUCCUUUGAUAUAUGUUUUGCAUGCUAUGGCUCUUCAGAGGCUUGUGGAUUUGAACAGGCAGAUAAAUUCAUUGCAGUAUAUACUGCAAAGAAUUGAUGGUAUCAUCCAGGUCAAGUUGCUUGAUGAUGCUAGCUUGUCACUGUGUUGUAAAAGACGCAGAAAGUGGAGAAGAGUCCUCUCUGCUUUAAAGGAGGAGGCAGAGGGUCUUACUGAGUUCAUCACAGGUUACCUCUCAUUAUUUGAUAAUGAUAGAGUUUCAGUUUGCGCUAAUGAUAAUGCAACUUGUCAGGCUACCUAUGUCCAAGACUUGGAUGAAACUGAUAAAUGGGAUUUGGAUGUUUGUUCUGUGACCAAGGAGUCAUUGCCUACUGCAAUAUGGUGGAUUAUUUGUCAAAAUUUUGAUAUUUGGUCUAUUCAUGCUAGUUCAAAGAAGUUAAAGACUUUCCUCUCCCAUGUGAUAUGCACUUGUCUACCCUCUAUAACAAGAGACUUCACGGAUGGGGAAAAAAACAGGGCUGAUGAAGCUGGUUCUCUGAAUAAAAUCACAGUGCAUCAAAUCUCAUCAGAACUUCUGACUAAUUCCAUUCUGUAUGAACAUAAAUUUGUCUGCAAGCAUUUGGCGUCGACAUUUUGCCGUCUAUUGAAGAAAUCAGUCCUAUCAUUAUUUAGGGAUUUUUCAAUUGGGGAUGUUGACUUAAAUUCUUGUCCUAAUUGGCAAGAGAUUUUAAGUGCAGUUGGAAGCUUACCGAUGGCUGUUCCAGGAAGCAAACCUGUUACUUAUGAUAAGAUUUCAGAGGGAAAACCAAGUUCUCAUUUGUUGCUUAAGAUGCCUCUUCAUAUUGACACAGAAUUAAAGGGCAUGAAAUUUACAACUUGUCAGAGUUUUCUUAGGCUUUUAUGUUGGAUGCCAAAAGGAUGUAUGCGGUCCAAAUCAUUCUCACUCUUUGUCACUUACCUACUAAACCUAGAAUGGCAUGUAAUUAGGAGCUUAUCAGAAUUUCGAGAUGUAUUGUCCUCACAUAAGCAACAUGAACUCUUAAUAUUGCUUGUAUCCUGCCGGAGGGCCUUGAAAUAUAUAUUUAUGGCAUUUAAUGGGGAGAAGACAAGAACUACUCAAUCCCCAGUCAUUUCAGUACUAUCUGAGGGAUUAUUUUCUGUUUCAUGGUUUUUCAAGUCAGUGUUCAUGGUGGUUGGGCUUCAAGAGACACUGUCAAAACAUCAUGCUGAUGAAAUUAGAGACAUAAUAUUUUCAUUGCUGGAUCACACAUCCCAUGUGUUCUUGACAUUGAGCAAGUAUCAUUCUACUUGUGCAAUUGACUCGAUAAUUGCUAAAAAACCUCAAGAAGAGAAGCUCAGCUUUAAUAUUUCUGAGGAACACAUUGCUCUAAAUGAAUCUGAUCCAUGUUUCGAUUCCUCAGAAAAUAGUGAAGCCUGGAAAAGUAUUCUCCUUGUGGCUGAGAGUUUGAAGGAUCAGACACAGGGCUUACUUAUUUCUUUGAAGGAUGGCCUUAUCAAUGAGAAAGCAGGAUGUGAUGACAAUUUGAACAAACUAUCCUCUAUAGUUUCUUGUAUCAGCGGGUUCUUGUUGGGCCUAUCAUCUGUCUUCAACCAUACAAACGCGACAAAUAUUGAUAAGGUGAAAUUAUUGGGAAGGAAUUCUCAAGCUUUGUCCAAAAUUGAUCUAUGUAUCAAUGUGUUCGCAGAUUUUAUUAGUUUCAUCUUGCAUCUAUUGUUUGUUGAGGAUGAUCAUCGGCCCAGAUGCUUAUCUGAUGAUAAAAAUGUUCAAAAGCCUUCUGAUAGAAGUUGUUUGUCAGGUUCAGAGGAGUUUUCAGAUAAAAAAGCUCCUGAGACUGACACUUUGGGUGGUGCACAGAAUCAGGAAUUAAAUGCUGCAAAAAACUGCUCAACAUCAUUAAGUAUUCAUGAUAAUUUUCAGAAUGCUAGUAUGCAUAAAUAUAAUUUUCAGUUGGAAGAAGCAGGCACUGUUGCCAGCAUUCUUAGUAAGCUUGAUACCUAUGAAGUUAUAUCACUCAAUAAAUGUUUGUUGCAAAGCUUGAUUAAAGGUGAUCAUCCUGAAGCCGCAAUUUUGCUCAGGCAAUUAUUGAAUGCUGCUUCAGCUCUUUUGAGGCUGAACUUACCGACCAAUUAUGCUUCCAUAUUGUCCAGCUUGGUGCCUAGUUGUUUUGGUUUAUCUAAUGUUUUGCUGUUGAAGUUAGCAGAAAUGUCAGAGGUGCCACAACCAUUCUCUUUUGUUUGGUUAGAUGGUGUUCUCAACUAUCUGCAAGAAUUAGGGAGCUAUUUUCCUAAAUGGAACUUGACUUUGCAUGCCAAGCUGAUAGAGUUGCACUUAAAUGCUUUAGGAAAAUGCAUUACUUUGCAGGGGAAAAUGGCUACUCUGGCUUCUCAUGAGACAGAGUCAAGUGAUAAGAUACUCUGGGGUAAUAAAGGAUCAUCUGAAAUAUCUCUUUCUCUUAUGUCACUAUUCUUGGAUGAAUUUAGGGCUAAAUUGAAGAUGUCAUUCAAAGUAUUAAUAAGCAAGUCCUCAGACUUGCAUGUUUUGUCUGCAAUACAAGCUAUUGAGAGAGCAUUGGUGGGAGUGCAUGAAGGCUGUAAAAUAAUCUACAACAUAAAUACUGGAAGUGCAGAUGGUGGAAAGUUUUCUGCAACUGUUGCAGCUGGUAUUGACUGCUUGGAUCUAGUUCUGGAAUACGUUUCAGGUAAAAAAUGUGUAAGUGUUGUUAAGAGGCACAUUAAGAGUUUAAUUGCUGCUUUGUUCAACAUUAUUCUACACUUGCAAAGCCCAUUAGUUUUCUGUGAUACUACAGUUGGUGGUAGUGUUCAUAAGGGUCCAGAUCCAGGAGCAGUUAUUCUUAUGUGUGUUCAGGUGCUAACAAGAGUUUCUGCAAAAAAAAAUUGGUUUCAAAUGGAUUCCUGGCAUGUGGGGCAGUCUUUACGCAUACCUGCAGCACUUUUUCAACAUUUUGGUCAACUUUCUAAAGGUCCACUUUUAUCCGAUAUAUUCUUGCUUGUGGAUAACCAAGACUCUGAUCCUGUAGCAGGCAUGCAUUCUUGUGUUGUAGAUCAACGAUUCUCAAUAGAAUUGUUCAGCGCAUGCUGCCGAUUAUUGUAUACCACUUUGAAGAAUCACACAAGCAAGUCAGAACAGUGCAUUUCUCUGCUUCAAGAAUCUUCCUGUGUUCUUCUUCAUUGCCUGGAGAUGGUGGGUAAUGACUUGACAGUCAGACAAGGUCAUUUUUCAUGGGGAGUUCAAGAGGGAGUAAAAUGUGCCUGCUUCCUUCGGAGGAUUUAUGAAGAGUUACGACAGAAAAAAGAUGUCUUCGGCCGGCACUGUUUCAAGUUUUUAUCAAAUUACAUAUGGGUUUAUUCAGGAUAUGGUCCCCUUAAAACUGGCAUUAGAAGGGAGAUAGACGAGGCUCUGAAACCUGGUGUGUAUGCUAUAAUAGAUGCUUGCUCAGCUGAUGAUCUUCAGCAUCUUCAUUCUGUAUUCGGAGAGGGUCCUUGCAGAAAUACACUAGCAAAUUUGCAACAUGAUUACAAGCUGAAUUUCCAAUAUGAAGGGAAAGUCUAACCUAAGAUUCUUCUACUGGGGAAAUAUAUUAGCAACUAAUAUAAAUUUCAACCGGUAAGUCUUCAAUCAUUGGGAGAAAGUAAAGCAAUUUUUUAUGAUCUAAACGAUAUAAAGUGAUCGUGAAAUUUUGCAAAGCUUGAAAAUUGCAAUUUUCAUAGUCCCCAUUUCAUAUUGUUCCUGUGGCUGUCAAACAUGCCAUAAAUUUUCAAUCCCACUAACCAUCGUUAACAAAAUGCUGUAAAGGCGCACAUAUAUAUAUAUUCAACUCAUUAUAGGCUUAAAGAUGAAACUUAUAAUAGUUGUCACUAUUAGAUGUUUAUGGAAGUCUUUCCACAAAUUCUUUCCAAAUUUUUGGGUGGGGCUUGGCAUGAUGUUUCUCUUGGCUGUACUGUACUUCUAAUCUUUUCUAUAUUAGUUGUGUUGACUUUUUCUA